AUCAUAAGAAGACAGACUUCUUCACGAGGCUAUUUGAUGCUUCCAUUAAUGAUUAGGCCAAAGGGUUGAUAAAUAAGGCCAAGCUCUAUGUGCAGGUCUAUUAAUGGAGGAGCCACCGGGGAGAAUUUGUGACACCCACGCUAUUCUCUUCCUUUCUUAAAGAAUAAAAGAACAAGUCCCCCCACAGGGUUCAAGCAACAACAUGGGCGUAAAUGCUAGCAAGAACAAGAGCAAUCUGUGUGACAGAAAUGUUACAGGGUUGAUGGAGAAUAUAAGGUUUCUGCAGAAGGCAAUGAGGGAGAUGACGAGUGAGAGGGAGAAACAGAGUAAGGCUUAUGAGCGAGAUAUGAUGGUUUUUGCAUUUAAGGAGGCUGAGUGGGAGCAAGAGAGGAAGAGGCUAAGAGAGGAGGUGAUGAGUCUGAGGAAGAUAGUGGAAGAGAAAGAAGAUAGGAUUAAAGAAAUGGGGGAGAAGAGUGAGAAAAAAGGUUGGGAAUUGUUGAUGGGAAGUGGUUUCUUGGUGGAGCAAAUGAGGAAGGAGAGAGCAAGGAGAGAUGAGGCUGUGGAGAAGUGGAAGCAGCUUUAUCUUGCUAUUAAGAUGGAGCUCGAUGAUCUCAUUCAGAGGACACAUCAUGGGGAGGUACAGUAUUAUUGGAAAGCAGAGGAAGAAGAGAUGAUACAAGAGUUGCAGAGGGAACUUCAUGCAAAGGAAGAGACCAUCAGAGGUUUGAAAGCUCGAAUGUCUUCUAUGGAGCAUGAAGAAUACAAGAAGGAAAGGGAGAUUGACAUAUUGAGGCAAAGCUUACGAAUCAUGAGCAGUAAAAAAUCGCAAUCGCAUGUCGGCAACAAGCAUAUAUCAUAAUAUUGUAUUUUGUCGGUGCUCUGUAAAUUACUUCUACAGUACAAUACAUUUUAAUGCAAAAAUUGGCGUAGUUGAAGAAA